GAGACUAACCAACACUGGCCAGCCGAUAAAAUCAACCAAAUUGUUAAAACAUAUAUUCUGCGUACGUUUGCAUUCCAUUCCAGCUGAUGAGUAACUGAACUAAACCGAUCGCUUGGACUUUCCGCCGGUGCACGCAAAUCCACACCCACUCCACACAACUUCACUCCAGCCACACUUCCCGUCUGAAUCGGAAUGACAAUGUUUGGAGCGAGAAUCGGAAAGCUUGGGCCGUGUAUGGCCCUAGUUGCGAUUCUACAGAUCCUCCAGCAGACACACCCGGCAGAAGCCGCUGGAGCCGUGCCCAUGACCAGUGAUAAUAUUGAUAUGACCCUAGCGUCUAAUGAAUUGGUUUUCCUUAAUUUUUAUGCGGAGUGGUGUCGGUUUAGUAAUAUUUUAGCACCUAUAUUUGGUGAAGCUGCAGAUAAGAUUAAAGAAGAAUUUCCAGAGGCGGGCAAGGUGGUGCUAGGAAAAGUGGAUUGCGACAAGGAGACGGCCAUCGCAUCCCGUUUCCACAUAAAUAAGUAUCCAACCUUGAAAAUUGUCCGCAAUGGACAGCUCAGCAAGCGCGAAUACCGAGGACAGCGUUCGGCGGAGGCAUUCCUCGAAUUCGUCAAAAAGCAGCUCGAGGACCCUAUCCAGGAGUUCAAAUCGCUCAAGGAUCUGGAGAAUCUAGACUCAAAAAAGCGUCUUAUCCUGGGCUAUUUUGAUCGUCGGGACCAGCCAGAGUAUGACAUAUUCCGCAAGGUGGCGACAAAUCUGAAGGAGGACUGCCAGUUCCACGUGGGCUUCGGGGACGCCGCUCAGGCUAUGCAUCCUCCUGGCACACCUAUUAUAGUAUUUAGGCCUGAUGUGGCCCUGUCUCAUGAAAACGAUGAGACCUACACUGGAACCUUACAAAAUUUCGAUGAACUUAAAAUUUGGAUCCAGGAAAAGUGUGUACCAUUGGUACGAGAAAUUACGUUUGAGAAUGCAGAAGAACUUACGGAGGAGGGUCUGCCGUUCCUUAUCCUUUUCCAUAACCCUGACGAUCAUAACUCUAUCAAGGAUUACAAGUCGAUCAUUGAGCGUCAGUUACUGGAUGAAAAACAGAACGUCAACUUUUUGACCGCUGAUGGCAAGAGAUUCGCGCAUCCACUACACCAUCUUGGGAAAUCCGAAGAUGACUUGCCCUUGAUUGCCAUUGAUUCGUUUAAGCACAUGUAUCUGUUUCCCCACUUUAGCGACAUGUAUUCACCGGGUAAGCUAAAGCAGUUCCUUCAGGAUCUCUACAGCGGCAAGCUGCACAGGGAGUUCCAUUACGGGCCGGAUCCCACGAAUGAUAUUGAACCUGACCCUCACACCGGCAAGGGUACUUCACCUCCAGAAUCAAAAUUCAAGGAACUUGGCCCAUCAAAGCACCGCUACACCCUGCUAGAAAAAGAUGAACUGUAAUAUAAUUAUGUAUAUUAAAAAUAAAAGAAAAUUUAAAAAAUGUAA